AUGGCUUGGACGUGCUCAGGUGUUUCAAACCAAGCAAUGGUUCGAAAAUUGGAGCUGGCCUCACUGAUCUCUACGCCAGCUGUCAUUGACGCAUUCCAUCGCGUGGAUCGUGGGUGGUUUGUGUCAGAUUACCAUAAGGGCAUGGCGUAUAAUGACUCUCCACUGCCCAUUGGGUAUGGUGCUACUAUAAGUGCACCCCAUAUGCAUGCCAUUAUGGUUGAAAUUCUUGCCCCUUAUCUUCUUCAACCGGAAGGAAACCAAAACAAAAGAGUAUUGGAUAUUGGUAGCGGUAGUGGCUACCUGACGGUUAUUCUUGCUAUGCUAUGCGGUCCUGGGUCACAGGUUAUUGGUGUGGAACAUGUGGAGCAGUUGCGACAACGAUCAUCGGAUGUGGUCAAAAAACAUUUUGCUCAGUGGGUAAACGAAGGCCGUAUAUCAUUUAUCAAGGGUGAUGGUAGAGACAUUUCAAAAUUAUUUCCCAAUUCUCAAAGUUCAUUUGAUGUUAUUCACGUCGGUGCAGCUGCUGCAAGUGUUCCCCAAACUUAUUUUGAUUCACUGAAACCUGGUGGAUGCCUCGUAAUACCGGUGGGAGAAGAAGAUGCGACACAGUUUCUGCGUAUUUACAGGAAAGAUCUCAAUGGAAAAGUGGAAAUGAAAACACAUGGACGAGUGCAAUUCGUUCCUCUGACUUCCCUGGGGCAUCAGAUAAGGCGUCAAUAA